UCGCGUCCCCUUUUGUGCUUGGAAAGGAGCCUCAUUCUGCGUGCUCACUUCGUGCCAUUGCCAUGGAGCAUGCAGAAGUUCCCCCCCACCUUAGUUCAGUACUGUCCCGACGAGCGAUGAAGAAGACGGUGCUGUGCAAAUACUUCCCCGCGAACACCUGCACUCGCGGAGCCGCGUGCCGAUUUGCGCAUGACCUCGCCUUGCUUUCAGACAGGCCCAGCCCACCUGAAACUCGCCUGGCAGUCCGCACCGUGAGCGAAGGGGAGGAGGGCAUUGCCAGUUUUGCUGCGCUGAAGAGCAGCAACAAAAUUUCAACGUCGCAUGCCGCUUCCAGCGAGUGGCUCAAAGACGAAAGCUCGCUGCCAACCGGCCAAGGGUACAUGCCCAGACAGCAAGAAAACCAAGGUCAGCGGAUCGGUCGCAAUCGACAGCGAAAGAUUUGCUUGGACUUUCAACGUGGCCGAUGCAAGCGAAACUCUUGCUGGUUCCGACACGAUCAGCCGAAGUCGGUGUGUGAAACUUUCCAGCUGACAGGGCAUUGCGUGCACGGCCUCCAUUGCCAAGCCCUACACGAGCAGCACAAUCAGCAGAGCUCGAAGUGGCUGGUGAUACACGGUGCAGUUACCGUUGACCUCUGAAGGCGACUCUGCCUUGGCAACGGAAGCCCCCGGCUCAGAACUGCAACCUAGUGAGAGUUGGACGAAGCUGCAGAUGAAACACCGCUCGAGAUGAGACGCACCUCUUUGUUUUGCAGUUGGACCAUAGCUCUGAGAUUGGUGGUCCGUUUCCGGGCGUCAGCGCAAUGUCGAUAGAAAUGCGCAAGCAGCUGGCCUGCCAGGGAGGCAAGAAAUCUUGGUAUAUCCACGCAGAGCAACUCGAAUAAUAUACUCCCCGGAUGGCACAGAACCCUGCAGUCAGUGCCAGUCGUCGGACCGAGUCCCGUGAUCGGGAACUGCUGAAGGAAAGGCUUGUUGCCAGCCAGCUGCCAGCCGAUGCUUGUGCAAAUAGUCCAUGACGAGUGCGGCUUCGAGGAAGCUACAAUCUCCUGCCGUGGUGUUCGGACUUCAGCGCUUGGAGCACUCUUUUUUGGCACAGUUUCCCGCGCUUCAAGUCAGCAACGGUCAAGAUUCACUAGUGGCGCGUGGAACUGGG